GUGAACAAUCCAACGCUUGGCGAAUUCUGCUUCGCAAUGAUAGGAAGAGCCGACAUCGAAGGAUCAAAAAGCAACGUCGCUAAGAACGCUUGGCUGCCACAGGCCAGUUAUCCCUGUGGUAACUUUUCUGACACCUCUUGCGGGAAGCAGUAA